UAUGGGUGUUCAGGGUCUUUGGCAAUUAAUAGAUGCUACAGGAAAAGCUGUAGAUCUGGAGAGUCUUUCCGGAAAAGUAUUGGCAAUAGAUGUAAGUAUCUGGAUAAAUCAAGCUCUCAAGGGCAUGAGAGAUAGAGAUGGAAAUCCUAUACAUAAUGCUCAUCUUAGUCUACUUUUUAAUAGAAUUUGUAAAUUAUUGUAUUAUAGAAUAAAACCAGUAUUUGUAUUUGAUGGAGCUGCUCCAACAAUAAAAAAGAUUGCUUUGAAUCAAAGAAAAGAGAAAAGAGAGGAAAACUUAGAAAGAAAAGAUAAAAUAAAUAAAAAACUGUUGGAAAACCUAUUAAAGCAACAUGCUAUUGCUGCAAGUCGAUCCCAAUCUGGCGAUAAUAUUGAAUUACCAUCGUUAAAUUCAAGUUUUGAAACUGAUCUGUUUGAAUUAAGAGGAGAAAGUAGAAUGCCAGAAACCAUUGAUGAAUCAUCUGAUUCGAGUGAUGAUAAUCCAUUACAAGAAUACGUUGAGAAUUUAGAUCAAAUUGAUAUGGAAUCUGAGCAAUUUCGCUCUCUUCCGUAUGAUAUGCAACAUGAGAUUUUGAUUGAAUUGAAGGAGAAGGAAAAAAGGAAUAGUUGGAAAACCAUUGAUAAAUUACCUCCCGUUGCCGAAGACUUUUCGUCCUUUCAAAUGGAUCGUUUAAAGAAGAAAAGUAGAAUUAACGAUCGUAUUGAACUUGUUAGAGACGAGUUGAAUAAACAAGGUUCCGCAGUCAUAGAAAAAUACGGAAAUAGUAAACUUUUAUCCAAGAGGAUUGUCUCGGAGGACGACAGUCAUGUUUAUUUAGUUAAAGGUUUAAAUAGUAAACCAGAAGAGAAGAAAGAAGACGAGAAGAUAGAUUAUACGAAUAUAGAUGUUUUUGAGAUGGCUAAAAAACAUAUGGAAACAAGAAGAAAGGCUUUAGAGAAGAUCGAGGAAGAGGAAACUUCAAACAUUGAAAAGACACGACCGAAAAGAAUAGAUACCUCUGGGGGCGAUUCACAAAAUGUCAAACAAAUGACUACUAUUCCAAGUACUGAGGAGAAGAGAAUUGUUGAAAUACCCCUUGAAGGAACAUCUGAAGUGAAAGGUCCAAUAAAAAUAAAGGAAGUUAAUGAAACCGAGAGUAAAGAGGCUGUAAAAGAUGAUAAUAAGGAUUCUACGGAAGAGACUAAUAAACCUUCAACAGAAGAUGGAAAAAUUAAAGAGUCAGUUGAGGAAGUAUGCGAAAUGAUGAAACAGAAGAAACCGGUAGAGAAGGAUGAUACAACAACAACAAUCGACGCGAUUAUACCAUCACAAAUUAUUGCAACGGAACAAGAAAAUUCUCAGAUUUUCACAUCUUCAAUUUCGACCGAAAUGGUUAAGGUUACUGAUUCUAAGAAGAAUAGUACAUUACCGGAAAUAGAGGAAAUUAGGGAAAUGAUGUCCACGGAUGAUAGGAAGAAAAUGAUAGAUUCAAAGGAAAUGGAUGUUGAUGAUAAAAUCACAGGAAGUCCUACUUCAAUUAGUAGCGACGACGAAGAUUUUGAAAUUGUUCUUGAUUCAAUCCCAGCCGAUUCUGAAGAUGAAAGAUCCGAAUUGGGAAGUCAGUUUAUUAAAGCAUUGAAUGAAAAUGAAUUUAACGGAGUAACCGAGAAACAAUUAGAUGAUCUAAGCGAAAAACUACAAGCAGAGAAUAGACUUUUGAGUAAAGAAAGAGGAAAAAUGGAUAGAUUAGCUAUAACAUUAAAUGAACAGAUGAGAGUUGAAGCUCAAGAAUUAUUAAAAUUAUUCAGUUUACCAUAUAUUAAUAGCCCAGGAGAAGCCGAAGCCCAAUGCGCUUUCUUAGAUUAUGAAGGUUUAAGUCAUGGUACAAUUACGGAUGAUAGUGAUAUCUGGCUAUUUGGAGGACAAACUGUAUAUAAGAACUUCUUUAAUAGCGAUAAAUACGCUGAAGUAUACAAGUUUCAAGAUUUACAUGAUACAUUAUGCUUAUUAAGUGGUUGCGACUAUUCUGUAGGAAUAGAAAAUAUCGGCCCAGUAACGAGUAUGGAAAUUUUAGUUGAAUUUGAGGGAACUGGUUUUGAAGUGCUCACUAAUCUCAAAAAAUGGUGGGAAAAUGCUCAAAAGACAAACGAUGAUAGUAUCUAUACAAAGUUAAAGAAAAAACUGAAAAAGUUUCAUUUUCCAGAUAAUUUCCCCAGCGAAGUUGCUUAUAAAUCUUUCAUGAAUCCAACGAUUGAUGUUUGUAAAGAGCAAUUUCAUUGGGGGAUUGCUGACUUUGACGUGUUAAAAGAGUACGCUAGUAAAAAACUCGGUUGGAGUUCUAUCAAAGCCGAUCAAUUAUUGCUUCCAGUAUUCAAAAGGAGAAAGGAAGAGCAUUCAAAUCAAUUGAAAAUUACCUCAUUCAUGCCAAAAUCAUCAUCGGUUGUUUAUAUGACGGAGAGAAAACGUAAAAUCAAGAGCAGAAGAGUAAAAAAUGCCCUAUUAAAAAUGAAUAAUAAAAGUGCAAAGAAGAUAAACACUGUAAAUCUAUCAGAAAGUAGCGAUUCUGACAACUGA